CGCAUAUGGUGUCCUUGCGGCAACUGGUUUCGCGAUUUGUCGACGAAUCCACUUACCUGGCGGCCAUGAAGCAUUUGACGCCGAACCAUGAUGCCGGCCACAGUCUUCAAUUUGUUCUCUAGCUGUCGCCGUCAUGUUUAAGAAACCGGGAAAUUUCAGUUCAGCAAUCACGGCAUAUGAUACUGCGUCAACUGCCCGCAGCUAUAAAAAACAGCAACAGAGUUCGAAUUGGAGCGCUCUUGAGAAGUUUACAACAAGCUUGCGAGAGCAUCAGCAUAUUCCACCGUUGGUACUUGCAAAUCUUGUCAACUUCGGGCCCAUGGCGGACUUGGCUGGACAAAGUUUGUCGGCAUGCAACCAAAAAAUCACCAAAGAUGUACUUUCGCGCCUGACAGACCUUUAUUCCGCUUGAAAGACGUUCAUAUAUUCGUUUAAAAUUGUCAUAGAACGCAAGGCUAUGGGUUUCCGAGCGAUCCAGCCAAUACCCACUACAUCCACGAACCUACACUCUACUUCAUCUUGUUGUAUUUGUAUAUGCAUAUUUCAGUAGUUCCAUUGUUUAUAUAAAAUGUUGGAAAGACGUUGGCAAGAAAUGAGACUGUGGGCCUUUUUCAGAGAUUCUCG